ACUACGUUUCUAUUCAAGCGUUGAUCGACAUGGUAAUGACUAUAGUAUUGGAGAAAAGUUGAGAACUGACCCUCGUUAUAUCAUGACGUGUAAUGCCGUAACGUACAGCACGCAUAAAGCAACGAUUUGUCUUACAAUCUCUGUCCGCCAGGUGUAGCACUUCUCUCAUCGUUUAAAAACAAGAAAUGGACAGUGACGGGUAAGAGGGGAGACCUAGUCAUUUUUUUGCGUCAUCACUGCACGCAUCAUGACUCUCAAAGCCGAUGUUUACUUCUGAAGAUCACUUUAGCACCGCACUAAAAACCCGAUUCAAAUUUGACACAAACCUUCAAAUAGCUGUGGCUGCAUCUGCACCCAGGAAGUCAUUGGGUGCCUCGAGUUCUGCUAAUGCAUUAAGCAGCUCUCAAGCAGGCACACCUGCAAAGAGUAAAUUUGCUGGUGGUAAUCCUGUGUGUCCUCGGCCCACCCCAACUUGGCAGAAGGGAAUUGGAGAUUUCUUUGGUGGGCCCAGCAGGAAGCCUGACAAAGAGAACCACCUCCCCCAGUCAGAUGAUGAAGAGGCCGGAGUCAGUGGAGUGUCCAAGUCAUCCAGGAAUUCCAGACCACUGCCUGCUGAGGAUGCUGAGGGUGAAUGAGCUUAGCCAAUGGUGCCCCACUUGAAAAGCCAUUGCCUCUAAUACUUGAAUGGGUUGGGUAUAUCUUUGUAUAUAAUUAUUGAUUAAUUCAUGUUUUUGUACAGAUGUUUAAUAAACUUUUUUUUAUUAAGCUUGAUUCCAUAACGUUGUCACAACCUGGGUGAUAUUUGAUAGUCAACUCUUGUUUGAGGCCCACAUCAAGUGUGACCUUGGUCUUAAUUUAUAAUUCUACUGAACAUUGACGGGUUAUGACCUAUGCUAUCACAACCUGCAGCUGAGCGACUUAUCCACGCCUUUAUCUCAUCCUGUUUGGACUAUUGUAGUGCCCUGUUGGCGCAGUUGACCGCAUCCUACCCCACACAUACCCUUUGCUCCUCCAGCUCCCUUCAACAGACUAAACUAUGGGUGACACGGCUUUCAGUUGUGUGGCUCCUCUGCUGUGGAGCGCACUGCCAGGCCUGCAGAGACUAUGGCUUUGUAUAAGGCACAACUACAGGCUGCUGUUCAGAACAGUUUAAGGAUGUGUUAAUUCUGUUCUGUCAAUUGGCUCUGACACCUGUGUAUAACCUUGAUGUCUGCAUACUAUGUUCUGUGUUGGAUUGUUUUAAUUUUCUUUGGUGCCUUGGGUGAGAAAAGCACUUACAUUAAAUUAUUAUUCUAUUCCUGCUUCCAAAA